AUGGCGACAUUCUCACACAAGGACUUAUUUGGGGGUGCAAUCGUUGCGGAUUUGCCUACCGAGUUUUUAAAUGUAAGCGAUAUGCGCCCUGUCCCCGAUAACCAAGAAGCAUUCAUGUCCAACACGACACGAACAAGCAUCAUCAUCGAGAUAACCGAGCGCCUGAACCUUGCCCAACUCCAACAAAUACAUCCACAACAACCAGAAGCAACCAGCAACAUCGAUGCUACCGCUACAACCACAACAUCCAACAUCUCCCCAUCAAACACGACCAGAGACGACGACUCCAUAGCGCAAGAUCUAAACGCCACAGCCUUCCACCUCCACGAAGUCUGCGACAUUAGCGGAGACAGCUACGAAAUCCUCGACAACCCCCGGUCCAUCCAGCUAGCCAAGCUGCCAGGGGUACCGGCAUAUAUGGCGCAGGCGCUCCUUACAUCGAGUGCCAGACCAGGGGCUCCACCCGCGGUAGCAAUGGCGGCAACGUCAACAUGCCAUUUCCUCUUGAUCCGGUUACAGGAGAAGAGCACGGAUAUCAUUGCGUAUAUCGUGGUGCCACAUGCCGGGCUGGAGAAUGCAGCGGAUGCGGGCGCAGUGGCGCGCGAGGAGAUGUUUGCGCAUGAGGCGAUGGCGAAGGUGGUAGAGUCGUUUGAGAUUAAGGAUUAUGGACUGUUUUGCUAG